AUGACCUCAAACAAUUCGAGACGACCCAUACUUCCGAAAACACAUUCGACUCUAUCUGUUAUUAAUCACAAGAAGUCUACUUCAGGAGUUGAUUCGACUCCAUUAACAAGCGCACCGUCGUCUUCAUCGUCAUCAUUGUCUUCAUUUAGAGCGAUUGCGCCAAAAUCAAAUCAGGAUCACACAGUGAUUAUCACUCCCGAAGUGGUAAAACAAAAUGAGUCUAGUGAAGAUGUUGUUCACUAUUGUGAUAUUGAAUCAAGUAGUCAGGAUUUCAACCCUCUUAGAAACUAUCGUUCAAUAUAUGCUAAUAACGUCGUACCUCGUAGUUAUUUGAGAGUUACGCACCAACGGGUUCUUUUACCGUCUCAUACAAUUCCUCGAACUCCUAUUAACUCUGAUACGCUUCCAUCUGGACCAUCUAGUUCUGGCUUUAAUGUUAAUAAGAAAGGGAGUCUACGUCCAGUGGUUAAGUUUCUACUUCGUAUAGGUUCAGCACUUGUGCGCUCACAGUAUGAGCCAGCGGUUGGUAAAGAAGUAACUCCCCACCAGUUAUUGAGUAAUCGACGUAAACGCAGACGUGUUGAUGAGGAACCAACUCGAUUAUCUACAGAUAAAAUCAGUAUAGAAACUAUCAACAUUUCUCAUUUAGAAUGGAAACCAAAAGCGCGUCAUCCACGUUGGGAAGACAUAUGGAAUUAUUGUCAUCAUUGUCGUUGUCCCUAUGUUCCUACAUCUGCUUUAGAAUUAUUACGACAUCUAGAACGAGGUCACCAGAAACUAGUUAAUGUUAAUUCACUAGUGAUACCUAAAAAAACACGGCUUGAAAAAGUAGAUUGUAAUGAAUGCAUGCUUAAUGCAGCAGAAUUAUUGGGCAAUAAACUGAUAAGCCGAUUUUAUAUCCCACUCACUGUAAAUAUCUUCGAUUCCUCUUCAAAUAUAUCACCAUAUACAUGUUUUGUCUGUGGACUAGUGAAUAAGUCUCAACGCUUACUAGAAAAUCAUUUCCAACGCGUGCAUCCACAAUUAACCCCUGGUCGUAUAGAAAAACCAACAGUUAUCUUAUGUUCUAUAUGUGGCUUCCCUACACAGACUAAUUUAAUUAGACAUUCUUCUCAUCACUUGCACUCUGAUGUUUCAAUACAUGUAUCAUGUAAAAGUAAUUCGUCAAUACAUAAUAGUGCUCCAUGGUCAGGAUGUGACGCUCACGCACUAGCCUGUCUUAUGCUUUAUCCUACUAUGUAUGCUCGAUUUGGUUUACCUUUUCAUGUUGCUCAUUUUCUCUAUGCAUUAAUUCAACGUAUGUUAAUGGCUCGAAUAAAUCAAUUUGGUGGUUGGAGUGUUCAGUCUUAUACUUUAAGAUGUUGUGCAGCAAUAUCAGCCAUUUAUGGUGAACUUGUUGAUCCAAAUCAAGGUAAACCACUGAUUCAAUCAAAAAUGAGAAUUUUAGAACACAAUAACAGCUUAAAAUCUGUAUUCUCAGAAGCAUCGACUCCUUCAACUGUUUCUUUUUACAAUUCAACUCCCGCACAAAUAAGGACAUGCAAUUCUAAAAGUGCUAUACCUAUUUCCCUAUCAACUGUAUUAGUUUCAUCGUCCUUACCGAUUCAGCCAUGUUUUGCUUCAUCAUCGUCUAGUGUAAAUCUAACUAAUAUAUCAUCAGUGUGUAUUUUACCUAAUUCCUCUCCCAUUACUUCCGUUUCUGAUUUGGUAUCGAAAUCUGUGACAGGCUCCAUAUUACCAUCUGUUUUAGUUAGUCAACCUACUACAACUCCAUCUGUUUCAGUGAAACAUACUUUGCCUUUUGAACCAAUGCCUCCUGUUUGUGUUACAAUCAGUAAACAGUCUAACCUUUUUAUGCAUGGAAAUACACAAAUCCCGGCUGCAACAUCAUCAUGGUCUAUUGUAUCGUCAUCAAAUCCAACUCUUUUAUCUUUCCUCUCUUCCAACCAAUCGAAAAUUCCUAUUCAACCAAAACCUGUCAUACCAGUUUCUGUUGGUUUAGCAUCUGAUAAUUUAUUACAACAACAGUCUUCACUUACUAACAAUGGAGAUAAUACUAUUCGUGUUCAGGUGGGACCUAGUGGUCAAAUUAGGCGAUGCGUGGGAAGUCAACCGCGUAGUUUACCUCGUGUUUUGCCAAUGUUAGAAGUUCCAUGUGAACUGUGCCCUUCCAAUAUUCCAACGGAAACAAUUGUUCAAAGUUUUCACGUUAUGUCUCGUCAUAGAGUUAAAGGUUUACGACAUAUCCCAACAAUUCCUUGUCGUUUAUGUGGUCAAUUAUUUUGGACAAAGGCUGGCGUAAUCCGACACCAACAUGUUAGUUGUGGAUUUUGCGAUGAAAAAGCACUGUGUAAUUCAACUUAUUAUCUACAUGAAAUUAUUAAGCAUCCUCAACACUUCGCCUAUCGGUUGAAUAAAGAUGUGUAUAAUUGUCCACAGUGUUGUCGUGUGUUCUCGGAUAUGGUUUCAUUUAUAAUUCAUUUACAAACUGUACACUUUUUCACUGUACCAGAUGAAAUAAAUAAUAAUAUAUGCAAAUAUGGUUCUACAAGGAAUAAUAAAAUAAAUUUUAAUAAUUUAACAAUGAGUUCAAAACUAAUUAAUCUUUCUACAUUAUAUUCAUCAUUAUCUAUGUCAACAAUAUCCGUAUCAUAUUCAUUACCGGAUAAUGUUGCUGUAUAUAUAAAGCCCGAAGAAAUACCAUGUUGGAAAUGUUCAGUUUGUAAUGCACAUUUUAUUACCAUUAAUCAUUUAGAUUUACAUAUGGCUCAAGCUAGUCAUCAGUACUGGUGUCCUCUAUGUCUAUAUGCAUGUGAACGAGCAAUUUCAUUAUGGAAACACUAUUGCAGUAGUCAUAACAAGGAAUCGGAACUAAAUCACAUUUCUGCAAAAAAUAAAUUUUAUCGAAUUGUUAAACCGCAAUCAAUUGGCGCAACUAAUACUUCUACUUCAAUAACAACAACACCAACGACAUUAUCACCGUCAUCAUCCUUAAGUACAGUUGCUGCAGCAAAAAUUAUUGCCAGUCCUUUAAAACAGGGUAGCCAACGCUGUGCUAUUGGUCACUUAUCCCAGUUUCAUGGGUGCGAUUUAUGUCCAGUAUUUUGUUUAACUGUUGACGAUCUCAAUACACAUAAGAAAACAGCUCAUGCUAAUGAAAUGCUGAAAGAGAAUUCAAAUAAUAAUAAUAAUAAUAAUAAUAAUAAUAAUAAUAAUAAUAAUACAAAACAACUUGUUAUAUCUAACACUUCUGACUUUCUCACGACAACAUCGACAUCAGUAACGACUACUACUACAAUUAUUACUUCUACGUUAAGCAAUCAACCUAUUCAAUUGAGGAUUACUACAAGUUCACCAUCUUCAUCUUCAGCGAAAUUCAUUGAUGUUCAUCAUGAUAGUGCCAGUGGUGGUAGUGUUUGUGACGUUAUAAAUUCAUCAGCAUUAUCAAUGUCAAAGCAUUCUAAUGAAUCUAGAUUGAGUUUAAAUAGAUUUGUUAAAUGGAUUACCGGUGAACAGCUUAAAUUUGGAAAGUUACUCAGUACCACAGCUAUAAAUAAUAAUACUGAGACAUCGGCUGUUACCAUGGCAACUAGCAGUUUAAAUAAUCAAAUAACUGAUCAAAUCACCAUCAUAGACGAUAAUAACGACGACGACAACAACACUGAUGAUAAACGAGAUGAGCUGAACAAAGGACUGAAUACUAUUGAACAUGAUAAUGUCGGUAAUGGUGAGGAUGAGGAUGUUAUUUGUCCAAUGUGUGAAUUUCACAGUAAAUUACGAAGUGAUGUUAUGCAACACAUUAUGGAUUUCCAUUAAUCAAUACUCCAUUUAUUAUUUGUACUUAUUAAUGAUGUAUCAUCCGGUGGC